AUGUGGAUCGGCGGCCUUGCUACGCCUCGACACCAGACAUGGCGUAUCCCAAAGAGCAUCCCGCAAGUCGCCCGCGAGCCUACGAGGCGUGCCUCCCCUGCAGGACAUCCAAACGGCGAUGCAGUGGCUUAUCCCCAUGUCAGACAUGUCUUCGAAGGGGACAGGCGCACUCGUGCAUGCCUUCCAGGCGGACUGAUCAUGUCCCAGCUCGGCGACCAAGUACAUCAGACGUGCAAAACACCUCUGAACUGCGAGGUCGACCGGAUGUCACAACACCCCGUCUACUUGCUCCGCGACACGGUUACGCAACACAUUGGCCCGUCCCAAUUUUCCCACAAUGGCAGGAGCGAAGACAUGCUCGAAACAGAGGCUCCCGACGAUGCUCCGUCAAAUCUCGAGGACACGCUUGAUCCAGACCAGCGAUGUGGCUUCAUCCGGACAUGCCAGAUUGCAACAAGAGGCUUUCUAUACACCAUGCCGGAUUUCGAUAUGACGAAUACCACAGGUCGCCAGACUGGACAGGACACAAUGGCACUGACAGACGUAAUGAUUGCCAUAGGAGCACAGACACAGGCCCAGAACCCCACAACCAAUCGCAUCGAACGCAUUUUCUUUGCUCGCGGACAACGCAGAGCACCUGCUAAAAUGCUAGAGAGCCCCAGCCUGGGGAUGGUGCAUCUCUUCCUACUGAUGGCAUUUUAUAUGCUUGGAGCCUGUCGCAGGAACGCUGCGUUUGUGUAUCUUGGAGUGGCCGCUCGAGGAGCCGUGGCGUUGGGUCUCCACGCUGAUAAGUCGAGUUUUCUACCGGCGGCCGAACAGCAUCGAAGGUAUCUCCUUUCACACAUCGAUAAUUCGAUGGCAUCAGGGCCCGUUAACUCACUGGAGCAGGGCGUGCUCAGCUCUAUCCUUGGCAGGCCACCUGCGACAUCCUCUCUACGCUCCGAAUAUGGAGCCAGUAUUACUGAAGCACCCCAUCCCACCGGUCAAGUAGAAGGCCUGAAGGCCUUGUAUCAUCUUGCACACAUACUGGAUGAAAUCAUCGCGCGGCUGUACGGCGAAAAAACAGCAUCGGCACAAGUAGCCGAGUCACUGUUGGAAAAGCUCAAGCAGUGGAGCGACAGUCUUCCAAAGUCGCUGCUCACACCCCAGACACGCAACAGGAGUGUCUCGCUGUACAAGAACCUUGGACGUCGCCUGUUCGUACCACUUUGCAGUCAUCGUCGUGACAAGACCCUUCCUCAUUUCAACCCGGAGGAGGAUGUUCUGGGGGACAUUCCGGAAAACACUGUACACACGCGCCUGGCCGUCGCUUGCACGAACUCGGCGCUAUACAUGCUCCAGACCUGUUUGGAGAUCCACCGCUCAGAACUGCUACUCGGAAAUAUGUGCAUUCUCAGAGCCUUCAUCUUCGCCGCAGCCCUCGUCGUCGGCUUCUCCCUCUUCUCCCAGAAAGAUCCCAAUCCCGACCUCGAAGAAGCUCUCGCCGGCCAUCAACAUCCUGCACACGUUCUCGCAGCAGUCCACUCAGGCAGCGCAUUACUACGAGAUCCUCACAUUCCUCCACCACGCGAUCUCCGAGCAACGCCAGCGGCUUUCGUGCCAAGGACACAGCACGAGCCAGUACAGCAGUAA